AUUUUGCUUAUUCCUUUUUUCCUGCUGUUGCCAGCAAUGACUGUUCGAUACCUCGUCCUACCACUGUUGUUGACAUUAAUAACCACUGUGCUUGCACAGGUUGGUCGUGCCAAUGGCGGAGCCGUGGUACUAAGGACCCACUCCAUCGCCAUGCCCUAUAUAGAUGACGAUCUUCAAAACCGAUGGUUCGACUUUGGUGGCGAUGCAGUGAUUAAUACGAACCGUCAUGUUCGUCUCACCAGUCUUCAACAAUCGCAAAGCGGUUACCUUUGGUCUCGAUUGCCUCUGACCGCCGAUAAUUUCGAGGUGGAGUUUGAGUUCAAAGUGGACGGACCUUCAGGCCAUUUAUACGGUGACGGAUUUGCAGUGUGGUUAUCCAAGCAAAGAACAAUGCAGGGCCCUGUCUUUGGCUCGGUGGAUAAAUUUGAUGGCUUGGGUAUCUUUUUCGAUACCUAUGACAAUGAGAGAGCUCACCGACAUUCAUUCCCCUACAUCAGUAGUAUGCUGGGUAACGGUAUGCAACCUUAUGACAAUGGCAAAGAUGGUCGCGACACGGAACUCGCUGGAUGUGAGGCGGAUUUCCGAGGAAAGCAGUUUCCAACCAAAGGGCGAUUAACGUACUACAAGAACAACUAUUUGGAGUUACAAGUUCAAUGGCGAGCAGAAGAAGAAUGGGAUACAUGCUUCAAGGUGCCUCAAGUAAACUUGCCGGAUCAAAUCUAUUUGGGCUUUACUGCCCACACCGGUGAAGUUGUCGAUGAGCAUGAUAUUAUCAGUGUUACCACCAAGAAAUUAUCACCUAAACCUAUUGAAAUGCCAGCGACCAAGGAGUCUCAACCAAAGAGCAAGAGCAGGGGCGGCGGGUUCUUCAGCUUCCUUUUUAAACUCAUCCUGGCUGCUGGUUUGGUGGGUGUGCUCUUUGUGGGUUAUCGUGCGUAUGAGAGCAACAACAGAAACAAACGCUUUUAACCAAUGUCCAAUUGGGACCUUUCUGAUGAAAAAUAAAAAGCGCUAAAAAGUCACUGAUCAAUUGAGCC